AUGGAUCAUAUCAAUUUCCCUGAUUCUGACAGUUGCUGUGGAUAUGGGAACUGCACAAGCUUCAACUGCCCUGACAACAGAAACAUCUGCUACAACAACUCCUGUCCUGACAACAACUUCUGUUUCUACAACAACUGCACAAACAACACCUGCUUCUACAACAACACCUGCUACAACACCUACAGAAACCAUAACUUCUGCAUUUACAACCGCAAUAACAACUCCUGCUUCAACAACUGCACAAACAACUGCUCCAACAACAACCCCUACUCCUACAACAACAGCACAAACAAUGACACCUGUCCCAACAACACCUGUAGAAACUACAACUCCUGUUCCAACCACAACUGCUCCAACAACUGCUGUUACAACAACAACUGCAGAAACCACAACUCCUGCUUCUACAACACAAACGACACCUGCCCCAACAACACCACCAGUUUCAACAACAACUGUCACAGGUACAGCUCCCGCUUCAACAACUGCUCCAACAACAAUGUCGAUGACAACAAUUGCAGAAACUACAACUCCUGCUCCGACAACAACAACCCCUACUCCUACAACAACAGCACAAACCACGACACCUGUCCCAACAACACCUGUAGAAACUACAACUCCUCUUCCAACCACAACUGCUCCAACAACAACAACUGCAGAAACCACAACUCCUGCUUCUACAACAACACAAAUGACACCUGCUCCAACAACACCAGCUUCAACAACAACUAUACCAGAAACAACUCCUGCUCUGACAACAACAACCCCUACUCCUACAACAACAGCACAAACAACUGCUCCAACAACAACUUCAGAAACCACAACUCCUGUUCUUACAACAACACAGACGACACCUGCCCCAACAACACCAGCUUCAACACCACCAGCUUCAACAACUGUCCCAGAUACAACUCCUGCUUCAACAACUACAACAGCUACUCCUCCAACAAAUGUACAAAUGACAACUGCUACAACAAUUUCAGAAACUACAACUCCUACUCUGACAACAACAACCCCUACUCCUACAACAACAACCCCUACUCAUACAACAACAGCACAAACGACGACACCUGCCCCAACAACUGUAGAAACUACAACUCCUGUUCCAACCAUAACUCUUCCAACAACAGCUGCUACAACUGCAGAAACCACAACUCCUGCUUCUACAACAACACCUGCCCCAACAAUACCAGCUUCAACAACCCCACCAGCUUCAACAACUGUACCAGAUACAACCCCUGCUUCAACAACAACUGUUACGACAACAAUUGCAGAAACUACAACUCCUGCUCCGACAACACCUACUCCUACAACAACUGCACAAACAACAUCUGCUCCAACAACAACAACUGGAGAAACCACAACUCCUGUUCUGACAACAACUCCUGCUUCUACAACAACUGCACAAACAACAACAUCUUCACCAACAACACCUGCUACGUCAACACCUUCAGAAACGACUACUCCUGCUUCAACAACUGCAGAAACCACAAAUCCUGCUUCUACAACAACUCCACAAGCAACGACACCUGCCCCAACAACCCCAGCUUCAACAACAACUGUACCAGAUACUUCUGCUUCAACAACAGCUACUCCUACAACAACUGCACAAACAACAUCAGCUUCAACAACAACACUUGCUACGACACCUACAGAGACACCUACAACAACUCCUGUUCUGACAACAACUCUUGCUCCUACAACAACUGCACAAAUGAUACCUGCUCCAACAACAGUAGCUGCUACAACAACAGCUGCUAAAACAACUGCAGAAACCACAAUUUCCAUUCUGACAACAACUUCUGCUUCUAUAACAUCUGCACAAACAA